AUGUUACCUAAUACACAAAAAUCAUAUGAUCAAUAUGAUGAUGCAUAUGUUAGACAAUUAAUAAAAGGUGAUAUGAAUAGUUUUGAAUGGCAUCAAGGACCAAAAACAUUAAAUUCAUUAACAUCACCAUCAAGCAUGAUUAAAGUUAUUUUUAGCUCAAUUAAUGAACGUGAUGUGAUGCUGGCAAAUGGAAAACUUAAACCAGAAUCAAUUACAAGCUCAAGACUUGAUGAAGAUUAUAUAUUUGGAUGUGAAUAUAGUGGUAUUGAUUUAAUGAAAAAUAAACGUGUAAUGGGACUUGUUGAAACAAAUGCAUUGACAAAUUUAAUUGAAAGUAAUUCAAUAUUAACUUGGAAUAUUCCUGAUGAUUUAAAAUUUAUUUUGUCUGCUAAUGCAAUGGAUCCAAUGAGCAGAAUGUUGAUGGAACAUGCAUACGAAGCAAUUAUUGAUGCUGGUAUUAAUCCAUCUUCAAUAAAAGGCAGUAAAACUGGUGCUAAUAAUGGAUAUGGAAUAACUGGUUGUAGCAAAGCCAUGUAUGCAAAUCGAUUAUCAUAUUGGCUUGGAGUUACUGGUCCAAGUUAUACAAUUGAUUCAGCAUGUAGUUCAAGUAUUGUUGCUAUUGAAAAUGCAUAUAGAUCAAUUAAAAGUGGUCAGUGUGAUGCAGCAUUAGUUGGUGCUGCUAAUUUAUGUCUUCAUCCAAAUUUAUCACUUCAAUAUGCUAAAUUAGGUGCUCUUAGUCCUGAUGGUUAUUGCAGAACUUUUGAUGCUGAUGCAAAUGGCUUUGCUCGUGCUGAAGCAGUUGGCAUUAUUUAUUUACAAAAAUUAAAAAAUGCAAAACGUGUAUAUGGCACUAUUGUUAAUUGCAAAACAAAUUGUGAUGGAUAUAAAGAACAAGGUAUAACAUUACCUUCAAGUUUAAUGCACAGUAAUCUCAUUCGUGAAUUGUAUGAUGAAUGUAAAGUAUCACCAAAUGAUGUUAAAUAUAUGGAAGCACAUGGAACAGGCACUAAAAUUGGUGAUCCUGAAGAAAUUAUGGCUAUUGAUGUUGGAUUGUGUAGUAAUAGAAAAGAACCACUUAUUGUUGGUUCAAUAAAAACAAAUCUAGGACAUGCUGAAGCUGCAAGUGGAAUUGUAUCAAUUGUUAAAAUUAUAAUUGCCAAUGAGACUGGUAAAAUACCACCAAAUUUACAUUUUAAUAAAGCAAAAAAAGGCUUAAAAGCUAUUGAAGAAGGUCGUAUUAGAAUUAUCACUGAAGCAGAAAAUUGGAAUGGUGGUUAUGCAGGUGUAAGUGGUCUAGGACUUGGUGGAUCAAAUGCACAUUGUCUUAUUAAAUCAAAUGAUAAAGAAAAAAUUAAUAAUGCUUUACCAAAUGAUGAUCUUCCAAGACUUGUUAUGGUAUCUGGAAGAACUGAAUAUGCUGUUAAAUAUAUACUUGAUGAUAUUGAAAAUCGUCCAAUUGAUGUUGAAUUUAUUAAACUUCUUCAUGACAUUCAUGCUGAUCGUAUUGAUGGUCAUUUAUAUGGUGGCUAUACUAUCUUGAAUACAAUAAAUUCAAUAGAAAAAACACUUCAGUCAAAUUGUGAAAAAGUUAUUAGUAGAAAAAUUGACAUUUUACCACAAAAAAAACAUUCAGUUUGGUUUGUUUUCUCAGGCAUGGGAUCUCAAUGGCCAACAAUGGGAAAAGCAUUUCUUUGUUUUCCAAUAUUUGCUGAAGCAAUACGUAAAUGUGAUGCUGCUUUAAAACCAAUGUAUAUUGAUAUUUAUGAUAUUAUCAAUAAUCCAGAUAAAUCAAAAUUUAAUAAUAUAUUAAAUGCAUUUAUUGGAAUUGGUGCUAUUCAAAUUGGUUUAGUUGAUUUACUUAAAUCACUGAAAAUUGUACCAGAUAAAAUUAUUGGUCAUUCAAUGGGUGAGGUGGGUUGUGCAUAUGCAGAUAAUACAAUAACAGCUGAACAAAUGAUUUUAGCAAUUUAUUAUCAAGGUAUUGCAUCAAUUAACAAUAGGAUAAUUGAAGGUUCAAUGGCUGUAAUUGGAUUAGGUCAUCAAGAUGCUAAAAAAUAUUGUUCAAAUGAUGUUGAAAUUGCUUGUCAUAAUGGAGCUAAAAGUACAACAAUAUCAGGUCCAGCAAUUUCAAUUCAAAAAAUUGUUACUAAGCUAAAUGAUUUGAAUAUUUUUGCCAGAGAAGUUGAAUGUGGUAAAAUUGCUUAUCAUAGUAGUUAUGUUACUGAAGCAUCAUUAAAAUUAUUACAAUAUCUUAAAAAAAUUAUACCUGAGCCAAAAAAAAGAAGUUCCAAAUGGCUAAGUACUUGUUUUCAUCAAAAUGAAUGGGCUACACCAACAGCACAGCUAGCAUCUGCUGAAUAUUUUACUAAAAAUUUUACGAGUCCAGUUUUAUUUGGAGAAACAUGCACUUUAAUUCCUGAUGAUGCAAUUACCAUUGAAAUAUCUCCACAUGGUAUUCUUCAGACAGUUUUACGUACGUCUCUUAAUUCAAGUGUAAUUAACAUGUCACUUGCUCAACGAGGUCAAGAUAAUAUUCAAGUAUUUCUUGAUUGUAUUGGAAAACUAUAUUGUGCUGGUAUACAAUCAAAAAUAUCAAAUUUAUAUCCAAGUGUUUCUUUACCAGUAUCAAGAGGUACACCAAUGUUGUCACCAUUAAUAAAAUGGCAACACUCUGAUGAUCAUUUUGUUGUUUCAUUUGACAAUGAAAAAAAUAUCAUAUCACACAAACGAACAAUUGAAGUUUCUUUGAAAGAUCAAGAUUUUAAAUAUAUGACUGGACAUGUUGUUGAUGGUAUUAAUUCAUUUCCUACAACUUUUUAUUUUGUUUUUAUUUGGCAAACUUUGUGUAUGAUGCAAGGAAAAUCAUUUUUCGAUACGUCUAUUGUAUUUGAAGAUAUUAAAUUUUUAAAAACAAUUAUAUUGCCUGAAAGUAGACCUGUAAAAAUUACAAUUUUCAUCGACAAAGAUAAUGGAAAAUUUAAAAUUAUUGAAGAAGAAGAAGAAAUAGUUGCUACUGGUAAAGUUUACUCUACCGACUUUGUUUCAUCAAAAAAAAAUAUAAACAAUAAAAUUGUUACUUCAAAUGUCGAAAAAUUUGAUACUUUAACAAGGGAAGAAAUUAAUAGAGAGUUAACAUUACGUGGUUACAACUUGGGUGGUCUUUAUCAGGGACUUGAAAAUUAUUCGUUUGAAAACUCAUGUGGUACAAUUGAUUGGGUAAAUAAUUGGGAUACAUUUUUGGCAAACAUGAUACAAAUCAAACUUUUAAAUCUUGAAACAAAAAAUUUAUUUGUUCCAAUUUCAAUUGAAAAGCUGACUAUUGAUACAAAGAUGCAUUUAAAUCAAAUAAAUUCAAUGUCAAAUGAUGACACAAAAGAAUUUCAAGUAUUUUAUGAUGAUAAUUUAGACAUGAUAGUGUCUGGAGGUAUUGAAAUUCAAGGUGUUAAAUUAAAUUCAAUUGCAAGAAAAAGAAUAACAUGUGAACCAAUUAUUCAAAGUUAUAAGUUUGUUUCUCAUCAAGAUGACAAAGAUGAGCUCAAUCUUGAGGAUGCAAUUAGAAUGUCAGUACAAUUGUCAGUAGAAAAUUAUUCAACAAUGAAAUGUCAAAUAUUAGAACUGGUACAAUCAAACGAUGAUAUUGAAAAUUUAUUAACUCCAAUUAUUUGGAAAGCCAUUAGUGAAAUUCCAACAAUUGAAGUUGAAUUUGUGACUGUAGCCGAGAUGAAUCCUUAUGACAAUAAUGAUACUUCUGCAAUUCCAGUCACGGUUAUUGAACCAAAUCAAUUUUCAUUGAAGACAAAUGCACUGAUAUCAACUGGACAAAAUAUUUUAUCAUCAAUGAUAGAUUCUACAGUUUCACAAUUUAUUUUAUCAAUCAAAGAUAAUAAUUUUUUACUUACCCUUGAACAAACAAUUAAUCUACAAAAACCAGAGCAACUAAAAGAGUCUCUUGAAAAACAUUGUCUCAAGAUAAUUAUCAAAAAAACAAUUGGAAAUUUGACAAUUUUAUUAUUGAGAAAAUGCAUAGAGAGUGAAAAAAAUUAUUCAAUAAUUCAUGUUAAUAGUGAUAAUACAUAUUUAUGGAUUGAAAAAUUACAAAAUGCUCUAAAAUUGAGUACUAUGGAUUCAAGAAUUUUAUUAAUUACUGAUAAAAAGUUUGAAAAUGGUUUAUCGGGAUUAAUGAAAUGUCUUCAAAGUGAAUCAGGAACUCAAGCUGCUAUACGUGGAUUUAUUUUACAAGAUGAUAAUGCACCUGAUUUUAAUAUUGAUAAUCCAUUUUAUCAAGAACAAUUGAGUUUGGAUUUAUUUUUAAAUGUAUUACGCAUUGAUUCAAAUUCAAAUUUACCUGUAUGGGGUACAUAUCGUUAUGUUAUGUUGCCUAAUACACAAAAAUCAUAUGAUCAAUAUGAUCAUGCAUAUGUUAGACAAUUAAUAAAAGGUGACAUGAAUAUAGUUUUGAAUGGCAUCAAGGACCAAAAACAUUAA